GUUGAUUAUAAAAAACGCGGGCAGUUUCGACAAAAAGUGUUGAUUACUUCGUUCGCGUCCCCUGAUUUCGUUAAGCCUUCGCUAUGCCAAUUUUGUAUAGUGUUGUGGCUCGCGGGCCAAUUGUGCUUGCAAAAUAUGCUGCCUGUGAUGGAAACAUGGAAGAAGUCACAGAAAAGAUACUGGCUAUGAUUCCUCCGCAAAAUGAUAAGUUGACAUAUACUCAGGGGCCUUAUCUGUUUCAUUAUAUCUGCGAAGAUAAUAUUAUCUACAUGUGCAUCACAAAUGAUGAGUUUGAAAAAUCCAGAGCAUUCCUAUACCUCUCGGAAAUCAAAAGAAGAUUUAUGGCUGUGUACGGCCAAGGAGCACAUACUGCGAUAGCAUAUGCAAUGAACUCAGACUUUGCUAGAGUUUUAGACAAUGAAAUGAAAUAUUACAGUGAGGCGAAUAAGGAGAUCGAUGUAUUAUCCAAAGUUCAUGGUGAAUUGCAUGAACUGAAAGACAUAAUGGUACAGAACAUUGAUAAUGUGGCCAUGCGCGGAGAACGAUUAGAACUACUCAUAAAUAAAACGGACAAUCUAACUGCUAGUUCGAUUUCGUUUAGAAAAACCAGCAGAAACUUAGCGCGCUCAUUGUUCUGGAAAAACGUUAAAAUCUAUGUGAUAAUGGGCGCUAUUCUUAUUGUUGUCCUGUACGUUAUUGUGUCGAUAUCUUGUGGAGGUCUGGCCUGGCCAAAAUGUGUUGGGAAUUAAUGGACAUACAUAACAUUAAGACAUGUAAUCCGUUUCCCGAAAUAUGAUGGAAAUUCCUCUCGCUACAAUGUAUUGGUCGUUUGGUACGGGGAGGAAUAAUUUGCGAGGAAUCUGAGGAGAGCACGGUGAAAAUUCAAAUUCUUGGUUCACUCUGUACAUAAGAAACUGAUAAUGUUCGAUCCUGCGAUAAGUAUGUAGACAAACAUUGAGUACCGUUAGGAACAUUAUAUAUAGAUAUAAAUAUGUCUAACGCUUAUAUUAUUUUUACUAUAUUACCAAAAAAGAUGUCGAUAUCGUUUAUAUGCUCGAAGCGAUGAUUGCAACUUCAACAUCGCCUAUGUAUAUUGUACUAUAUAAAUGCGUUCUACGAACGAAUAA